AUGUUCCAGCCGCAGCCGACACCGUACUCGUCCUUCUACCCUGCCUACCUUCCCGUCGGCGUCGAGGAUGAUGGGCUGAGUGACGGGUUCGGCGGCGUGCAAGCCGCUGGGUACAGCACCUACCCGCAGGCGCCCUUUGCGUCUCUGUCCCUGGGUGGGCCUGGGCCACAGGCUGGGGCGCCGGGGCCCCCUGCAAGUGGCCCUGGACCAGCCGGCGGCUCAUGCCAUGAUGCUCAUGGCGGGGCUGCAGGGGUCCCUGUCGACGUCCGCUCUGCCCCGCUACCCGUGUUCCCUUUCCACAGCACCCUUCCUCUACAUCAACACCAUCAACCCGGAGCCCCCAGCCUCUUUGACCACCGGCAGCAGCCAUCCCUCCAGCGGCAGCAGCAGCAGCGGCAGCAGCAGCAACAACAGCAGCACUACUCUCCCAGUCACAGCUCAGCGUCCCACGUCAAGAUGGAGCAGAACCAGGGCCUGCCCGACGACUUCGCCGCCCAAGAGGCCGCAGCUAGGACCUGGGAGCCCGAGGUCGAGGGGCCCCUACUCGGCGACAGGACCACAAUUACUGCCAUCACAGAGCAGUAUGCAAAGGCAGACCCGGUCUAUGUUGACAAGACAAUGGCCCUCCCCCAGACAUACUCACACUACAGACCCGUCAAAGGAGACGGCAACUGUGGCUGGAGAGCUAUUGGGUUCUGCUACUUCGAGCUGCUCAUCCAGCAGGGCAGCCGGGAGAUUGUCGACGGGGAGCGUCUGCGCCUUACUCAGCUUAAUGACUACCUCGUAAAUAGCGGCAACUACGAUCCGGAUCUGUUUGUGGACUUCGUAGAUGACACGUUCGAGCUCCUCAAGCAGAUCUCCGACAGCAUACAUGACCAUGACACAGCCAUGGCCGUUCUCACUACCAAGUUUAACGACUUAUCCUCCAUGAACAUACUGUUCCAUCUCCGGCUGCUUGCUGGGGCAUGGCUGAGGGGCAAUCGAGACCAGUACGCGGGAUGGUGCGAGGCUGACCCGGAGACCUACGCGCAGACCGUGAUUGAGCCAGCCCAGCGCGAGAUCGAGGAACUGGGCGUGGUGCUCUUAGUUGAGGUACUGCUAAAACCAGUCGGGUUCACACUCGAGAUCGCCUACCUCGACCGCAGUCAAGGGAGCCAGGUCAACACCCACCGAUUCCCAGACGGAGAUCCCAACAACAUAGGUCCAUUCAUACAUCUCCUCUACCGUCCAGGGCAUUACGAUAUCUUAUACAAGCCCACGACGACGAACAGCACCACUUUACAAGUCAACCGGAUGGCUUACGCACCCACGUACCAUGAAAGUGCUGGCCCACAGUUUCAAGACACGUUCAGCCUCACCAACCCUCUAGCCUUGAUACCGGGUUUUGGAACUGUCGGGCCGGUGUCUUCCAUGGGACAGCUGACAGGACCUUCACUGGACUACCCGUCCAGCCCACAGUCGCCAUGGUUCUCCUCACCUUAUGCAGACUCGUCGCCCACUCCCCCGGCACAGCCGCAACCAUCGCAGCAGACUUCCCUACCGGCGCAGUCCAUCCCUGGCCCUUCGACGACCCACGAGAUCCGUUUCAGCCGGUAUCAGUACGCGGAGCCGAUGGACACCAAUGCCUGGCCAGAGCAGCCACUUCAGACGAACACGUUCAAGAAUUCGCAUUUCAACACCGCUCACUACAACAAUCCCAAUUUCCAACCAGAAGAGUACAGGCCCGGCUACGAUGAUUGGAUCGAGAGGUGCGAACGGCCAGGAAAGAAGAAGGGCCACCACAAAGCAGGUCAUUCUUCGUCUGACGACAGCACGGGUCGCGGGGAUACGAAAGCCGAGAAAUGA